CGAACGCCCCCGUCGGGCUAGCAGGGGCUCCUCCACUUACUAGCAUAGCAGGCGUCCCACCAAGACCAGAGGAAGGCUACGUCGCUGUUUGGUCCUCUAAAGCCACUCUUGCGAGUCUUUUCUGCACUUUUAUUUUUAUUUUUUUACUGGAGUCUAACCCCAAGUUGGGCUUGCUGAAACCCCCUCCGCCCCCUCUCUCUGCCCGCCCUCACACACCGUAACGGGUCCGGCUGUGAUUCCCAGUGCAAAACCUCGCAUAUCCAUGUGGAAACCUUCUCCAAACUUGAUUGGGAUUAUGAAUUUUGUGUGAGGAACAGAAAGAGCGAGAAGGGGAUCUUCUCCGGAGCAUUUCGGCAUGUAGCGGGCACCUGUCCAUCUUCCUCGUCGUCAUCCGAACAUCUGGUGGGAAUGGGCCAGCACCUGGCCAGAGUGCAUCUCUCCACCCGGUGGUACGGCCGGCAUCGUGCGAGAGUGAGGGGGUCAGCGGCCAGAUCGUAAAAAGGCCAGGUCCCCUCUUACUCUCCCGUCAUUUUAUUUAUUUUUUUGUAAUUUUUUUUGGUGACUUUUGACCCUUCCACCCUCGUCGUGCCCGGCUGCCAGCUAUGCCCUUUCGGCUGAAGCUGCGGCGCACGCGGCGCUAUAACGUCCUGAGCAAGAACUACUUUGUGACGCGCAUUCGCCUGCUGGACAGCAACGUGAUCGAAUGCACUCUGUCGGUGGAGAGCACGGGGCAGGAAUGCCUGGAAGCCGUGGCCCAGCGACUGGAACUCCGGGAGACCCACUACUUCGGCCUGUGGUUCCAAGGGAAGAACCAGACUCCGGCACAGCGCUGGGUGGAGCUGGAGAAGCCCCUCAAGAAGCAAUUGGACAAGUUUGGCAACGAGCCGCUGCUGUUCUUCGGGGUGAUGUUCUACGUUCCCAGCGUGUCUCGCUUGGAGCAGGAAGCCACAAGGUAUCAGUACUACCUUCAGGUGAAGAAGGAACUGUUGGAUGGACGCCUGCACUGCACGGUGGAGCAGGGCAUCCGACUAGCCGGCCUAGCAGUACAAGCUGACUUUGGGGAUUUCACUCAGUUUAUGUCUCAGGACUUCCCCAGGGAGUACGUGCUCUUUCCGGUGAACUGGCCGAAUGGAGAUGAGGUGCUGGAGGAGUGGACUCAAAAGGUUGCAGAAGAGCACAAGAGCCACUGCCGAAUGCAAGCGGCCGAGGCCGAGCUCUUGUACAUCAAGGAGGUGGAGAAACUGGACGGCUUUGGCCAGGAAAGCUUCCCUGCUAAGGACAACUACACCAAUGAUAUUUUCAUCGGCAUGUCUUUCAUCGGAGUGUUUGUCAAACACAGAAACGGGAGGUCCAUCAUGCUCCACAGGUGGAAGGACAUCGGCACCAUAGCGCACAACAAGUCAGCCAUCACAGUGGAGAUAACGAGCAGGGAUGACACCAUCAUUUUUCACACGGAGGACAUGGAAAUGGCAAAGUACAUCGCUCGUCUCUUCACGGCCAGACACAAGUUCUACAAACAGAACAAGAUUUGUGCAGAGCCCACUCAUUCCCCCGCGCCAAUCAGGAGGCGACCCACCUGGACUCACCGCCUCUCUCUGCCAUGGCCGCAGACCUGUAACUUCCAGACAAUGCAUUCCCAGUAUGGAGAACAUUAUCAAGACACACAGAGCUCUCAAGAUAGUAUCUUCCAUGAUGACCCGUACUACAAGUCCCAGACCAGCCUGGACCACUGCCAAGUGGACUUCCCCUUCCGUAACGGCACCUUGCCCAACGGCAGCAUGUACAGCAGCCCCAGCCUGAGCUCCCUCAACCACUCGCAGACGUUCAUCCCGCCCUCGCCGCUCUCCUCCAACCUCAGCAUCCCGGGCAGCGAGCUCAUGCGCCCGGACUACAUCCCCAGCCACCGCCACAGCGCCAUCAUCGCUCCGUCCUACCGCCCCACGCCCGAGUACGACGCCGUGAUGCGGCAGAAGCGGCGCAUCCUCCCCGCCCACCACGACCUCCACAGCCAGUCGCUGCGCAGUCUGAACAUUAGCAACGCCUGUGCUUACCGCCAGCCUGAGGCCUUGGUCUACAGCCAGCCAGAGAUGAGGGAGAGGGCGCCUUACCAUGGACUUGGACCCAGUCCAGGACCUUACACACAGAUCAGCUACAGUAAGCCGGUGUCUCAUGGCCCCCAUCAGGGAGGGCCAGCGAGCAGUCAGGGUCCGUGUCAUUCGCCAUGCAUCAACGGAGGCAGCGGCGUUGGCGGCGGCGUGGGAAGCUCAAUAUCUCACACCGUCAGCACACCCGAGCUCGCUAACACCAAACAGCAAGGGACUAAUCCCGGGAACUACGCCGCCACGCCUCACAUCAUGAGAAGCCACAUAUCCCGACCUCCCCCGCCGUAUCCCUCCACCCCCUUCCGGCCCGCCACCAGCACGCCGGACCUGGCCAGCCAUCGCCUCCGCUGCAUCGGGGGCAGCAGUCCGGAGCUGGUGACCCGCAUGGUGCAGCUGUCGGUGAAGACUUUCCAGCCCGACAGCUCGGCGGUGGUGCACCAGUCCCUGCAGGAGGUCAGCGAGCCGCUCACCACGGCGGCCAAGCACCGCUCCACGCUGGGCAAGAGGCACAGCAUGGAGGUGAUUAGCAGCAUGAGGGCCGGGGGUGGCAUGGAGGCCAUGGUGAUGAAGGGCAUGAACGCUCCUCUUCAUCGGAGGAACACUCUCCGGGAGCAUGUGAUGCCUCCUCACCCGCAUCCUCCUCAAGCCAUAGACCUGCCAAUACCCAUCCCUCCCCAGCAGGAGGAGCCGCCUGCUCCCGUCACCUAUCAGCAUCAAAAAACCCUCUCCAACGCCACCAUGCUCAUCCACAGCAGUGAGAGCGAGGAGGAGGAGGAGGAGGAAGAGGAGGAGGAAGAGAGGCCUGAGCUUGAUGUUCAAAUCCCGGGUCUUAAUGAGGACAUCAGCAUCAGCGCCCAGUUGCAGGCCGCCUUGGCCAAACUGCCCAACAAACCCCCUCCGGAGUACCCCGGUCCUCCCAGACCUCCCAGCAUCGUUUCCACCCACGCUCACCACCACGACACGGCGGCGCACGGACGCCACGGGUUCAUGGACCCCGACCAAGCCCAGGUGGCCGGGGGUGGCGACCCUGAAAGCGGCGGCGGUGGGACUCUAACGCGCGGCGAGCAGGGCGGGCUGAACGGGAACCUUUUGGGGCCGUCCAUUUCAGAACCCGACCUGACCAGCGUGAAGGAGAGGGUGAGGAAGGAGCCGGUGAAGGAGAGGCCCGUGUCGGAGAUGUUCUCUUUGGAGGACAGCAUCGUGGAGAGGGAAAUAGCUCAGAGGACGCUGGAGAGACAGAAGAUGUCCGUGGACUCCAUGAAGAGACCCCUGAUGAUGGCAGCCCUCAAUGGCCUCUACGUGGCCCGGAUGCCAGUCCCGGAGUGUCCUUCGGAGGAUGGCGCCAAGGCUGCCACUGAUGAGCGGUGUAAGACGCUGGAGCUCAAGCUGGAAGAGGAGAGGGUCUUCACCGAGUACGAGCAGGUGCCCAAAAAGAGGGCGGACAGCACUCUGACCACGGCGACGCUCCCCGAAAACGCCGAGCGCAACCGAUUCCGCGACGUGGUGCCGUACGAGGAGAACCGCGUGGAGCUGGUGCCCAACAAGGAGAACAACACGGGCUACAUCAACGCCUCGCAUAUCAAGGUGACCAUCAGAGGGGAGGAGUGGACCUACAUCGCCACCCAGGGCCCGCUCGCCAACACCUGCGCCGACUUCUGGCAGAUGGUCUGGGAGCAGGGGGUCAGCGUCAUCGCUAUGGUUACGGCCGAGGAGGAGGGCGGCAGGCCCAAGAGUCACCGCUAUUGGCCCAAACUGGGCUCCAAGCACAACUCGGCCACGCACGGCAAGUUCAAGGUGACCACCAAGUUCCGCACCGACUCGGGGUGCUACGCCACCACGGGGUUGAAGGUCAAACACCUGCUGUCGGGCCAGGAGAGGACGGUGUGGCACCUGCAGUACACCGACUGGCCCGAGCAGGGCUGCCCCGAAUACGUCCAGGGGUUCCUCUCCUACCUGGAGGAGAUCCAAUCUGUGAGGAGACACACCAACUCCAUGUUGGACACCUCCAAGAGCCUCAACCCCCCGGUGGUGGUGCACUGUAGCGCGGGGGUGGGCCGCACAGGUGUGGUCAUCCUCACUGAGCUCAUGAUCAGCUGUCUGGAGCACAAUGAGCCCGUGGAGGUGCCCACCAUGUUGUCAGGUCUUAGGCAGCAGAGGUUGCUGAUGGUCCAGACCAUCUCACAGUACAAGUUUGUGUACCAGGUCCUCAUUCAGUUCCUUAAGAACUCUCGUCUCAUUUAGCUCCGUCAUGUUGUUGGAGAGUCUAGGCCAGGGGUGUCAAACUCAUUUUAGAUGGGGGGGCCACAAAUCUACUCCCAAGUGGGCCGGACUGGUGAAAUCACGGCACGAUAACUUAAAAACAAAGACAACUUCAGAUUGUUUUCUUUGUUUAAAAACAGAACCAACACAUUCUGAAAAUAUACAAAUCGUUAUUUUAUUUUAUUUUUUUUACACUUACAUGUUGCGUUUAAUAGUAUUCUACCUUUAUUUGUCGUUAUUUAUACUUUCUGAAUAAAUGAUGUGAUAAUGUUCAUCAGUCAACUCAUUGGUGGUAAUUUUCAAUCUAUCAACGUAAAAAAAAAUUAUAAAAAUCAAAUUACAGUAUGUUAUUUAUGUAGUUUUCUCAUUUUCCUCCACUGGUGCACUAACAUCAUUAUUUUGUACAUAUGUAGCAUCAUCUACAAAGAAUUGCUAUUGCGACAUCUAGUGGACACAUUUAGAACAGCUGUUGCUUUCAUUCAAAAAAUGUUGGCUCAUUUUCAUAGUUUGCAAAGUCAUCCCGCUGGCCGGGUAAAACCUGUUCGUACGUUUGACACCCCUGGUCUAGGCCAGUCACUAAGAGUCUGCAGUACACUUGUUGAACAGUUGGUGGCCGCACUUGCGUUACAAUCCGCCAAUGCCGAUGUAAAAUAUUCUAAAAUAUUAUGGGGAAAAAUCUAAUCACAUUAGCGUUUUAAUUAAUUAGCAAAUCCUGGUUUCACCUCAUUUACUGUAUUUCUGUUAACGUGUAACAACAACUACAUUUCAACAAUAAUGACCUGAGAUGCAAUUGUUCUGAUUUACUUAAUAGUCUGCCUGUUGGACUCCCAUGUGUAAAUACUGUAUCUUUGUGCUGAUAUCCACACGCCUAUCUGUUUUUUUACCUCCAAAGAUGGAAUCUUGAAAUCAGCAUCUAUUAAUUUUAUUUGUCUUGUUGUGAGAGCAAGGCUUCAAACGGUCUAUGUUCCUCUCAGGAAAGAGAAAGCUGAUAUUUAGGUUUGGUUUUCGAAGGAAAAAAAACCAAUCAUUGAUUAAAAUGAUACUUCUGUACAUACACUAACGGACGUGCGUGACAAAACUUUUUAUAUCUUUCCUGACUUGGUACUCCAAAAUACCGCGACCUGUUAAACUAUGCAUGCUUUUUAAGAUAUUGUCAUUGUAUAUAUAAACAUAUAUAUAAAUAUAUUCUCAGAUAUAUAUAUAAGCUUCCUGCUCUCUUUACAUUCAAGUGUUUUAUUGCACUUCCAUGUCACGCGGCAUUCCACUGUUUGUUCAUAUUUAAUCCCCUUUUUUGCUAAACCUCACCUUUUACAAAAGAGAUGUGUACAUAUAUUUUGUAUAUGUGUUUCCACUGCAUUCCCCUUACUCAAACAUGUACUUGCUUUUUAAGCAAUAAAGCCUUAUUUUCUUUAAGAGUGGCCAACAGCUGUAUUGGUUAUUAAUGAAGUGUUUAUGUGCAGAGGGGAAUUCCUCUCCCUUGGUGCUAAGAGUGACGACGAGCCGAGAGCUUUUCAUGCAAACAUGCACGCUUUUUA